AACAAGGUGAGAGACAGAUAGCGCUUUGCCUGCUGGUUUGUGUGUGUUGUUGUGUUGGUUUGUGGAGUGGGAGAUGUGAUGUAAGGGCGCCAAAAUGGCCGGUUGGGAGCCACCCAGCCAGCCAGCAAGUAAGCAAGCAAGCAGGCAGGCAGAGCGCGCGGUUUUUUGACAGACAUGUUUCAUUUCUCGCUUGCUUGCUCUUGUGGGUGAGUGGUGCUGAGUGACAGUGGCUGGGCGCAUGAUGUAGUGCUUGCAUCGUGCACGAAGGCAGAAAGGGGGAGAUGGUGAACGUGUGUCAACGCGUUGACGAAACGCACGGACGUGUCUGUGUGUCUGUGUGUGUGUGUGUGUGUGUGAGGGUGUGAACUUGCUUUGGCUUGCUUGCCAAGAACAGCGCUUGUCUGAUGGUUCAUUGAUUCCAUCCGUUCCAUCGUUCAUUCAUUCAUUUUCUUUUUCACCCGCCUCAGCUCACCAACAAGUUGCCCUGCCCCUCACCGUUGACCGCCACAGCCUCCUUCUUCGUCGUCGGAUCCCUUGCUUCUUCUUCUCCCUUUCUCUCCUCCACACCAAACAAGCCACCAUGUCUGAGCCAGCACCCAAGAAGGCCAAGCCCGCCUACACCUUCAACGUGAACAAGGCCCUGGACAAGGAGUUUGAGACCAAGCCUCUGCGCGAGGUUGUUCAGCUGCCACCCUCUGCCCUGCAGGGCCUCGCCGACCGCGCCAACGAGAUGCUCGCCGCGUUCCACGUGAAGACCAUUGCUGAUCUUGCCCAGUGGAAGCAUGCACGUAUCGCCCAGGCCAUCUGCACCCUCGCCGCCGUCGAGGAGGAGGGCAAGCGCGACCCCUCUGGCGAGAGCAACAUCAACAAGGCCCUGGACAAGGACUACGAGACAAAGAGCCUCAAGGAGAUCUCCGAGGCGCCCGUGCACUGCCUGCAGGGCCUUGCUGACUGGACUGACUCCACCCUCUCCAAGCUCAACGUCAAGACCGUCUCGGACCUGGCAAACUGGAAGUUUGUGCGCUGGUCCCAGGCGCUCGUCGAGCUCGCCAAGUUUGAGUCCCCAGACCACAGCUCCUAAGCUGCUGUGGUUUUGUCGUGUGCCCGUGUUUCGUUUAACAACCGUGUUUCCGCGUGCAUUUGUGCACCGCACACACACACACACACACACACACACACACACACACACACACACACACACACAUUGUACCCAACCAACAACAUCCUUUGUUCUUGUAUCCAUGACACCUGCCCCCUUGUCUCUUCUUCUUCUUCUUGUGUUACAAAUGCGUCCUCCCACUGCGUUGCACCACCAAAUACACAAGCACAAAGCACAA